AUGUUCGCAUUCUGUCGGCUCAUCGCCUGGACGCUCUCGGCCGUCGCUCUCAUCCCCAGCGCGGAUGGCCGAUUCCUCCUGAAGCGGAACCCCAAUGGUGACAGUCGCCAACCUGUACCUUCAUGCCACACCAAUGUCGAAUGUAUCCAGCAAGGUCUACCGGUACUAGAACCCAAUCCCAAGGCUCGAGCCGCAAUACCGCGGCGAGAGGUAUGGGACCUGACCCAGACUUGCGGGGCUGGACGGUUCGUGGGUUUUCCGGACGGGAAGUAUCGCAUCACGAUCGCUGGAGCGCAGGGCGGAGGUCCAAGUAAUUCCGGAGCAGUAGCCGGUCUUGGUGCCGUGGUCGACACAAACAUAACCGUCAGUACGGGGAAUGUCGGAAUACUCUUCUCAUAUUAUAUCGGUUGUGCGGGUAGAUUGGAAUCAAGGUGGGGAUCGGUCGGUGGCGGUGGCGGUGGAGGCGGCUCGUUUUUCUGGGUCACGCCCCCUGGCAAAUAUCCGCAGGACGGCGCUGAUAUUAGCUCUGUCUUGCUCGUGGCUGGUGGAGGCGGUGGAGCGGGUUACUUUAUGGGGAACGGAACCCCCGGGGGCACUAAUCCCACCGCGGUUCAGACCGCUGACGGUGGCACUGGAGGCGGAGCACUAGGAGGCGGCGGCGGAGCAGGUUACCAGACCAAAGGGACGGACUCGAAUGCACCAGGUGCCGUGCUCGGUGGUUGGGGAGGUUCACAGUCACCGUCCUAUGGAGGUACCUUCAAGGGAGGCAACUCCGGAGCCGGGGGCAACCCUUCUGGUCAAACUGGUGGGGACGGGGGUGGAGGUGGAGCGAGCGUCGCUGGAGGAGGCGGAGGAGGAGGGUUUCACGGAGGAAACGGUGGCCUACAAAAAGAUGCCGGUAGGCUCGGAGAGGGAGGAAGGGGCGGCUCAAGCUACGCCAAUCCGCAGACGGAUCCGCAGUGGCGCAUCACUGCCAUAUCUGCAGUUGCGACUCAGGUCGGAAGCGGGAGUAUCCGGGUUGAGAGGUACUAG